ACCAAUAUGUUAAAAGAAUAUCCUAUCUUCCAGAAACGGCGAUCGGGUAGUGUGAGCAUGGAAAAUUCCGCUUCCACGUCACUGCUACCACAGUCAGCUCCAUUGUCCGCUACUCGAUCCAGCACACUGCUUACUGUGCCUGACUCACCGAUACGCAAACGAAGUGGCAGCGCCCCGGCACUAAAAGUUACCACAUUGGCGACCCUAUGGAACCUAAGAAAGGAACAAGUCCGAGCUCUGCGCAUGACCUGGACGCGACUGUGCGAACCACCACGAUCCAAUUGCAAGGGUAUCGUGAAUCUCGUGGAGCGUGUUUGGGAGAAACUUGAUAGGAAGGAUUCCUCAGUGCGGAACAUUUUCUACAAUGCAGCUUUUGUGGAGACGAUGCACGACAGAUGUGAGCGAAGACGGUCGAAAGGUUCCAUUGCGACUCUACGUGAUCAUACACACUUUUUCGUUUCUCUUGUAUCUCAAGUUAUCCAGAGCCUUGAUCUGAAUCCAGAAAAUAUUCUCAACCACGUCGAUACCCUAGGCAGAAAUCAUGCCUAUCUGAGGCAAUAUGGCUUUCGUUCUCAACAUUGGGAGAAGAUAGGAGAGUAUUUCGUCGACAUUGUUGUCAUUCAAGUAAGCUAUUUUCAACCAUCGCCGUUUGCAUCAUAUUUACAUCCUUGUUCUUCCUUUCUUUCUUGUCGUUCUAAAGAGCUUUUAUAUUUGGAACAACAGCCUUUGAAUAGAGCUGUUAACGUCCCGCUUAACCGAACUACAAUAAACUCAUCACUCUGGUUUUCGCUCACAUGCACAUCGUAUUCCACACAUUUAUUUUGCCUCUACGCUGUUUGA